UACAUGGGCCUUCAAGACCACUCGGAGAGCUACCACUCCUUCAUGUGGAAUAACUUCAAGCACUCUGACAUCCACUCAGAAAACACCCACAUUCUGGAUGGGAACGCAGCUGACCUGAAAGCUGAGCAUGACACCUUUGAAGAGAAGAUCAAGGUCGCAGGUGAGAUGGAGCUGUUUCUUAGAGGAAUUGGCCCCAACCGACGCAUUGCCUUCAACCAGCUGGGCUCCAGUCUGGUGUCCAGGACCCGUGUGAAGAUGCUGGCCAUGGACACCAUCCUGGCCAAUGCUAGGUUCUUUGAUGGAGAUCUUGCCAAGUUUCCCACUGUGGCCCUGACAGUGGGUGUAGGUGCUGUCAUUGAUACUGGAGAGGUGAUGACCCUCGUCACAGGUGCUCACAAGGCAUUUGCUCUGUACAAGGCCAUCAAGGAGGGAGUGAACCAUAGUGGACCA